AUGACAAGCAACAAGGACACUGCGUCGUUCUUUGAGAACGGGACAACGCAUCAAUUCGAAUACUGUUACAAACUUUAUCCACAAGUGCUGAAGCUAAAGGCAGAGAAACGCUCUAAAAAGCCUCAAGAGCUUAUUCGUUUGGACGAAUGGUAUCAAAAUGAAUUACCAAAGUUAAUAAAAGCACGAGGGAAGGAUGCGCAUAUGGUAUACGAUGAACUGGUACAGACCAUGAAAUGGAAACAGUCGCGUGGUAAAUUUUAUCCACAACUUUCGUACCUGGUCAAGGUAAACACACCGCGUGCUGUUAUGCAGGAGACAAAGAAAGCUUUCCGAAAACUGCCUAAUCUAGAACAGGCCAUAACGGCGCUAUCAAAUCUUAAAGGCGUCGGCACGACUAUGGCUUCGGCGCUAUUGGCGGCUGCUGCCCCUGAUUCAGCACCGUUUAUGGCAGAUGAGUGCCUAAUGGCCAUUCCAGGUUGGUGUGAUCUAAUUAAGUAUAUCUUAUUCUAUAAUAAUUUUAAUUUUAUUUGGAUUGCAGAAAUCGAGGGUAUCGAUUAUACCACCAAGGAGUACCUCAACUUUGUGCAACACAUCCAGACUACUGUUGCACGCUUAAAUACAGAGGCUGGCGGAGAAACACCACAUUGGUCUCCCCAUCGUGUGGAGUUGGCACUCUGGGCACACUAUGUGGCCAACGACUUGAGUCCGGAACUUUUGGAUGAAAUGCCCGGACCAGGUGCUGGCGUUGGUGCAAAUACCAAUGGAAGCACAAUUAAGGCAGCAACACAAACAACUAAAGUGCUUGCAGGAGAGGAUACCAAUGAUGGAGAUGAAGAGAGCUUAGGUGCAGCUGACAAUGAACACAUUAUUCCAGCACCGAUUGCGACAGCGCCGACUGCCUUGCAGGAUGGCGAUUCAAACUUUGUUUCGAACGACUCCACCUCACAAGAACCCAUCAUUGAUGAGAACACAACCCAGACCACAGCUACAACCUCAACCGACGACGGCGAAGUGGGCACACCGCUCGCAUCCGAUUCAGAGAGCAACUUGGAGGCACCCGAAAAGGCUAAACUUAAACUUAAUAAUAGCAACAGUAGCAUAAAUGCGAAUACAAAUAGUAAUAGCGAUAUUGUAGGCAUUGAACAUGGUGUCGCUGACAACAGCAACAACUGCAGGCAGAAGACUGUAGUCGAUGCGUUAGUUGGUAAUAGCAAUGGUAAUGGUAACGGUACUUUAGUGUCUUUGGGAGCAGCCGGCAGUGAUGGGGAGAAUAGCAGUUGCCUACGCUCAACAGGCAACGAAGAGGCAAGCGAGGAAGACGAUGUCGAUGCUGAGGACGACAGCAGCAACAGCAACAGCCGCCACAUCGAACAGAGCCACCAAUCGAUAACCCCGCUAUUUGGUGGCAAUUUAAACGAUUCUACAAAUUACACAAACGCCAACGCCAGCGAUUCUAACAACGAUUCCACGCUUAGCAGCGCUGCCGGUGUCGUACCGCAAAAGCGUGCACUACAAUGUGACGACGCAAGCAAUGUUGACGGUAUUUUUACGGCGGAUGAAGCCAACAGUCAACCAGAAUCGAAAAAAAUACGAAGUGAUUAAGUAGAAGACGCAAGCAAAGUUUUCGAACGGGCUAGUGGGGUAUAGCGGUUUAAUUAGGGCGUAAUUGAAAUAUUUAGCAUAUAAGGAGCGAACGCGCUGGCCGGUGGGCAGGUGAAAAGACACAUACCUAACAAUAAUAACACUACAACGUGCCGCUAUUUAGAAAUAUGGGCGAAACAGCGCGUGUAGCAUUGCAGGAUCACAUUAAUUCUAUAAUUUUAAGUAAAAUUUUUACGGUUAACACCUUAACAAAAACACACUGAAGUGUAACAAGUUAGUAAACUAGAAAUAGGCGAGCGAAAAAAGCAAAGAAAUUGCGUUUAUCAAGCGUUUAAAUAUGCCAAAAAAAAAAAUAUUUGACAUAGAAAUCGUUAUAGAUGCCUGUAAGCCGAAUUGACGAAAACUGGACGCGCAGUUGUCACAGAAAAAGUGCUGUUAUGCAGCAGCAACCAAUGCCUUGAAACUAUACAGCGCCCAGAAAUAACUUGCACUCGCUUGCAUGCUUUCUGUUUCGAGCAGCUGUAAAAUUUGCAUUUCAUUGCCGUUUUUAAUUUACCAUACAUACACAAGUAAUUUUAUUUUUAUUUUUUAUUAUCAGCUAUUUAUCAAUAAAUAAGAAAAGCUUCAAAAUUAACACUUUCUUGAAAGCGAAAAAAAAUAACUUUAGUUUAAUCAUAUUUUUUACAUAGUUUAUCAUUAAAGCGUAUUUAUUUCUGCAUUUUUACCACAAAAGCGAAAACUUCAAAACACAAUACUUGACUUAAAGAACUAGCUAAAAAAAAAAACCAUUACGUACAUGUUUAUUAGUUUACGCUAAAUGUAAAAAUAUGCAAAUACGUGCAUAUACUUACUAAAAGCAUACUGAUAUAAUGAAAGUGGGCAGGAAAUGUGCGUAAAACGAAAAGUAUAACGAUACAAUUAUGGAGCUAAAGUAUUGCAAAAUCAUAACACGAAAUUAUAAUUAUUAAAAUAUUAAAAAUACAGUAAGUAAUGCAAGUUAUUUUUAAUUAAUUAGUAGCGUAAUGUAUACUACAUACUUUAAAGCAAAAUUGCAAUGCAACACAACACACUCACAUACAUACAUAAAUACAUGCAAGCAAAUAUACAUUUUACCAAUUGAUUCAAGCACACAACUGCAAAGAAAUUUACUACAGAAUAAACAGUGAUAAAAACAA